AUGGAAAGAAGCAAUGUUACAUUUGUGGUGGAAUUCAUUCUCCUAGGAUUUUCUGACCUUCCCAACCUCCAAAGGCUUCUAUUUGGAAUUUUCCUAGUCAUCUAUAUGAGUAUACUUAUAGGAAAUGGCCUCCUCAUUGUCAUAAGUAAGACUGAUCCUGUUCUCCAAACCCCCAUGUACUUUUUCCUUGGGAACUUUUCCUUCUUGGAAAUCUGUUACACAUCAGUCACUCUCCCUAGAAUGCUCAUAGACCUUUGGACUCAGAAGAGAAAUAUUUCAUUCCUGUCUUGUGCUCUACAAACUUGCUUCCUUUAUAUUCUGGGAGCUGCAGAAUGCUUGCUUCUGGCUGUGAUGGCGUAUGAUCGUUAUGUGGCCAUUUGUAAGCCUCUUUACUAUCCUCUCAUCAUGAAUCACAGAGUGUGUGUCCAGUUGGUGAUCGCCUCCUGGAUCACUGGGAUGCCAGUCCUGAUAGGACUCACAUAUCAGAUUUUCUCUCUGAACUUCUGUGGUUCUAACAAACUCAAUCAUAUUUUCUGUGAAGCUCCCCCAUUACUGGCGGUGGCCUGUGGGCACACGUAUCAGAAAGAGCUCUCUGUCCAUGUUGCUGCUCUGCUUUUUGUCAUGAUUCCCUUUCUGCUGAUACUCAUGUCCUAUGUCAAAAUCAUCACCACCAUCCUGAAGUUGCCAUCAAACUCAGGGAAAUCUAAAGCCUUCUCUACCUGUUCUUCACACCUCAUGGUUGUAGGCUUAUUCUAUGGGUCUGGUAGCAUUGUGUAUUUGCGACCCAAAUCCAGUCAUUCAGCCAAAUCAGACAAAGUCUUCUCCCUUUUCUAUACUAUUGUGACUCCAGUGUUUAACCCCAUGAUAUACAGCCUGAGGAAUAAGGAUGUAAUUCUUGCACUGAGAAAACUCCUCAAAAAAUGA